UAGCAGGGCGACGGAGAAGCGGGGGUCAGGGUCAAGCGACGAGUCAUCAACCCGCGCUCCAGAGCGCGGAAACCGAGGGGCGGGUUCCCUCUCUGCCGGCUUCGUGGCAUUUGGUUCGGCUCUCGCUGGAGGAGCGCGGUGGCGGCGCGGGAGGGAGCCUCUGCGUCUGGAACUCUAUUUUAAGAACCUCUCAAAACGAAACAAACAAAUCAUGGAGAAGAAUGGAAAUAACCGAAAGCUGCGGGUUUGUGUUGCUACUUGUAACCGUGCAGAUUAUUCUAAACUUGCCCCAAUCAUGUUUGGCAUUAAAACUGAACCUGAGUUCUUUGAACUUGAUGUCGUGGUACUUGGCUCUCACCUGAUAGAUGACUAUGGAAAUACAUAUCGAAUGAUUGAACAAGAUGACUUUGACAUUAACACCAGGCUUCACACAAUUGUGAGGGGAGAAGAUGAGGCAGCUAUGGUGGAGUCAGUAGGCCUGGCCCUAGUGAAGCUGCCAGAUGUCCUUAAUCGCCUAAAGCCUGAUAUCAUGAUUGUUCACGGAGACAGGUUUGAUGCCCUGGCUCUGGCUACAUCUGCUGCCUUGAUGAACAUCCGAAUCCUUCACAUUGAAGGUGGGGAAGUCAGUGGGACCAUUGAUGACUCUAUCAGACAUGCCAUAACGAAACUGGCUCAUUAUCAUGUGUGCUGCACCCGAAGUGCAGAGCAGCACCUGAUAUCCAUGUGUGAGGACCAUGAUCGCAUCCUUUUGGCAGGCUGCCCUUCCUAUGACAAACUCCUCUCAGCCAAGAACAAAGACUACAUGAGCAUCAUUCGAAUGUGGCUAGGUGAUGACGUAAAAUCUAAAGAUUACAUUGUUGCACUACAGCACCCUGUGACCACUGACAUUAAGCAUUCCAUAAAAAUGUUUGAAUUAACAUUGGAUGCACUUAUCUCAUUUAACAAGCGGACCCUAGUUCUGUUUCCAAAUAUUGAUGCAGGGAGCAAAGAGAUGGUUCGAGUAAUGCGGAAGAAGGGCAUUGAGCAUCAUCCCAAUUUUCGUGCAGUUAAACACGUCCCAUUUGACCAGUUUAUACAGUUGGUUGCUCAUGCUGGUUGUAUGAUUGGGAAUAGCAGCUGUGGGGUACGAGAGGUGGGAGCUUUUGGAACACCUGUGAUCAACCUGGGAACACGUCAGAUUGGAAGAGAAACAGGGGAGAAUGUUCUUCAUGUCCGGGAUGCUGACACCCAAGACAAAAUAUUGCAAGCACUGCACCUUCAGUUUGGUAAACAGUACCCUUGUUCAAAGAUAUAUGGGGAUGGAAAUGCUGUUCCAAGGAUUUUGAAGUUUCUCAAAUCUAUUGAUCUUCAAGAGCCACUACAAAAGAAAUUCUGCUUCCCUCCUGUGAAGGAGAAUAUCUCUCAAGAUAUUGACCAUAUUCUUGAAACUCUAAGUGCCUUGGCCGUUGAUCUUGGUGGGACGAACCUCCGAGUUGCAAUAGUCAGCAUGAAGGGUGAAAUAGUUAAAAAGUAUACUCAGUUCAAUCCUAAAACCUAUGAAGAGAGGAUUAAUUUAAUCCUACAGAUGUGUGUGGAAGCUGCAGCAGAAGCUGUAAAACUGAACUGCAGAAUUUUGGGAGUAGGCAUUUCCACAGGUGGCCGUGUAAAUCCUCGGGAAGGAAUUGUGCUGCAUUCAACCAAACUGAUCCAAGAGUGGAACUCCGUGGACCUCAGGACCCCCCUGUCUGACACUUUGCAUCUCCCUGUGUGGGUAGACAAUGAUGGCAACUGUGCUGCCCUGGCAGAAAGGAAAUUUGGCCAAGGAAAGGGACUGGAAAACUUUGUUACACUUAUCACAGGCACAGGAAUCGGUGGAGGAAUUAUCCAUCAGCACGAAUUGAUCCAUGGAAGCUCCUUCUGUGCUGCAGAACUGGGCCACCUUGUUGUGUCUCUGGACGGGCCUGAUUGUUCCUGUGGAAGCCAUGGGUGCAUUGAAGCAUAUGCCUCUGGAAUGGCCUUGCAGAGGGAGGCAAAAAAGCUCCAUGAUGAGGACCUGCUGUUGGUGGAAGGGAUGUCAGUGCCAAAAGAUGAGGCAGUGGGUGCACUCCAUCUCAUCCAAGCUGCCAAACUUGGCAAUGCGAAGGCCCAGAGCAUCCUAAGAACAGCUGGAACAGCUUUGGGUCUUGGGGUUGUGAACAUCCUCCAUACUAUGAAUCCCUCCCUUGUGAUCCUCUCUGGAGUCCUGGCCAGUCACUAUAUCCACAUUGUCAAAGACGUCAUUCGCCAACAGGCCUUAUCCUCCGUGCAGGAUGUGGACGUAGUGGUUUCGGAUUUGGUUGACCCCGCCCUGCUGGGUGCUGCCAGCAUGGUUCUGGACUACACAACUCGCAGGAUCUACUAGACCUCCAGGAACGGACAUGGCCUGAGACUCAAGAGUUCUGGAGUGGAAUCAAAUUCUUGUUUUUAGAAUACCAUUUCUUAACAAGCAAAUCUGGUAUUGAACUGCAGGUGACUAGCAGAGAAAUGUUUUUGCUUUUGGUCUCCUCUUCCAGAGUCACCUUUCCCAACUCUUAUUUUUGUAGAUGCUAUUCUUUCUGAUGUUUUCCUAGUAGGAGUCAUUUUAGCUCAAACCCUGUAAGUUCCAGUCACAAUUUUCUGUGCCAAACUAGCUAUAAUAAUAGACAAGGAAGCCUUAGAACUCUGCUUACUAAUGUAUUAAUGCCACUGAGACCUGCAAUCCUUGCCUGGGAUGUCACUUCAUCCUGAAGUUUGCAUUAAUAAUCCCUCCUGCCAGGCAUGGUAGCUCACGCUGGUAAUUCCAGCACUUUGGGAGG